AUGAAGCCCAGUAGCCGCCUCGUUUCUGCGUCCGCAGUACUGCUGGCUUGGACGGGCACAGUACUAGCCGGCGACACCAUCACUGCGGGAAAGAUCAAAGUGCAACUCUUUGCUGCGCCCUCGUUUCUGAGCGAAGUCAGCGUCGACGCGUAUAAUAACCAGUGUCUCUCGCUGGAUAAUAAUCUCAUCGAUGGGCGCGUCCAAAGUAUUCUGGUAGGCGGACACGAUGUUCAGUCUGUGUUGGCGAGGGAUGAUUAUUGGAGCUGUCGGUUCUACGACAACUACGACUGCAAAGGCGACGAAAACAUGGAUCAGUUUCUCGCUAUUUCUGAUGGCGCGAAUAACCUCGGGAGUGUUGGUUGGGGGACCAAGAUACAUGGGUUGAAGUGCAGUAAUAAGGAGCACGAGGAAGACUGA